UUGCAGUCGCAGUGUUCCUCGCCACCUCGAUAUCCUCAAAAAAACAAACUUCAAACCCAGAAACCUGCUCCUCGUCGUCUCCUCUUCCCAUUCUACUUCUUCUUUGCUUAGUACUCGUCUUCUUCGCCGUUAGCCACACACACACAUCGUUCAAUAAUCUGCAACUCCUCGUUGCUUUCUUCCAUUCUCUCAAAUUACCAAACCAUGACUCUGAUUAUUUCCUAAUAAAAAACCCCCUUAUUACACUAGAAAAUGCUAAUCAACUCGUUUCCAGUACUCACAGCAUUUCUUGUUCUUCUCCUGUCUACACUCUCUUCCUCUCUUACCACAGAUGGCCUCGCCCUCUUGGCUCUCAAAGCUGCAAUCACUACCGACCCAACUCAAGUUCUUGCCUCUUGGUCCGAUUCUGACUUAACCCCAUGCCACUGGCAUGGAGUUACUUGCAUCAAUCACCGAGUCACUUCUCUCAUUCUCCCUAACAGAAGCUUUACUGGUUAUCUUCCCUCCGAACUCGGUCUACUCGACUCUUUAACUCGACUAACUCUUUCUCACAAUAACUUCUCCAAGCCCGUCCCUUCCCAUCUCUUCAAUGCCAUCAGUCUACGCUCUCUUGAUUUGUCUCAUAAUUCUCUCUCCGGAUCCAUCUCACCCCAGAUAAAAUCCUUAAAGGCUCUAACCCACUUGGAUUUAUCUUCAAAUUUCCUUAAUGGUUCUCUUCCUGAAUUUCUCGUUGAGCUCAAAAACCUCACUGGAACUCUUAAUUUGUCUUAUAAUGCAUUUUCUGGCGAGAUUCCGGAAUCAUACGGGAAUUUUCCGGUGAUGGUCAGCUUGGAUUUAAGGCACAAUAAUCUUAGCGGCAAAGUACCUCAGGUGGGGUCAUUGGUGAACCAGGGUCCUACUGCAUUUGCAGGAAACCCCAGUCUCUGUGGGUUUCCAUUGCAGACUCCAUGUCCAGAGGCUUUCAACAUCACAAGCAGCGGGAACAAUGAAAAACCUGAAAACCCUAGGGACGCUAACCCCAAUGUUGUUACUGAAACCGAAGACAAACAGAAUGCGAGAAAUGGGUCGGUGGCAAUUCCUUUAAUUUCGGGUGUUUCGGUGGUUAUCGGUGCCGUCUCGGUCACAUUGUGGCUUUACCGGAGGAGAUGGGGUUCUGCUGCGGAGAAGGGCAAGAUAGAAAGGGAGAAUAACAUGGGUAGCACCAGUGACAAAAACGAUGGGGGGCAAAAGGGUAAAUUCGUAGUGAUCGACGAGGGGUUUAAUUUGGAGUUGGAAGAUUUGUUGAGGGCAUCGGCGUACGUGGUGGGGAAGAGCCGGAGCGGGAUAGUGUACAAGGUGGUGGCGGGCGGAAGAGGAUCUGGGGCGGUGGUGCCUGCGGUAGUUACUGUAAGGAGGUUGAAUGAGGGAGAUGCCACGUGGAGUUUCAAGGAGUUUGAGUCUGAGGUGGAGGCAAUCGGGAGGGUCCAACAUCCUAAUAUCUUGCGGCUGAGAGCUUAUUUCUAUGCUAAUGAUGAGAAGUUGCUGAUCUCUGAUUUCAUACGCAAUGGGAGCUUAUACACAGCGCUGCAUGGAGGACCCUCGAUUACAUUGCCAACGCUCUCGUGGGCAGCAAGAUUGAAAAUUGCUCAAGGAACUGCAAGGGGUUUAAUGUACAUUCAUGAAUACAGCCCUAGAAAAUAUGUUCAUGGCAACUUAAAAUCCACAAAGAUCCUCCUUGACGAUGAACUCCAGCCCUACAUCUCAGGUUUCGGACUCACCCGUCUCGUCCCCUGCACCUCCAAGUUUACAACUUCAGCAUCCAAAAAGCAGUUUCUGAACCCACCCAUUGUAUCCUCCACAAUGAACUCCAGAGUUUCAACACCCUCAAAUUUUUACUUAGCACCGGAGGCUCGAGCAUUUGGCACCAAGUUCUGUCAGAAAAAUGAUGUGUACUCUUUUGGUAUCAUCCUGAUGGAACUUUUAACGGGUAGGCUGCCUAAUGCAGGACCAGAAAAUGAUGGGAAAGGACUAGAAAGUCUAGUGAGGAAGGUGUUUCGAGAAGAACGUUUAUUAUCUGAGAUUAUAGAUUCAGCAUUGUUGAGUGAGGUUGAUGCAAAGAAACAAGUUGUUUCAGUGUUUCAUAUUGCACUCAAUUGCACUGAACUAGACCCUGAAGUUCGUCCCAGGAUGAAAACCGUGUCAGAGAGUCUCGAUCGGAUCAAAUUGCAAUGAGAAACGAAAGAUGGUUCUUGUAAAAUUUUGUGUGCAGUUGCUUAGACUUCCUAAUGCAGAUUUUGUUCCUUUUCUUUCGGUCGUUUGACAAGUUUGGUGGGAUAAAUGUGUAAGUUUUAGUUUUAUCACUAGCUCCUGCGUGGACUUCUCAGGGAGUAGAUGUAUGUCUUGCAACGUGUAGAUACCUUAUCUACAGGUUUUCUCCUGUAAACUUGUGUGAUAGUUAUGUUUGGAUGAAGGAAAGUUGCAUAAAAGAAAA